AUGCCAUUUUAUAGUUUAUUCUCAUCACAUGACCGAGAAAGUGGCGACUACGCUGGUUCGAUUUCUGAUUUGCAAAGUGUUACCUCACGCCUCAGCACAGUUUCGAUUGGCACAAAUAAUUGCACUGCACGUUACCGCACUUUAAGUGGCGGUCGUGGUGAGUCACCAUCCUUGUCACCGAGUCCAUCAUCUGAUUAUGAAGACAUUGCAGCAUCGCGUGGCUUGCCACCUAGUCUUGUGGCAAAGAGCAAAAAGAAUGGCAUCGCACACAAGGCGAACACCAUCAGUCAGAAAGCCACAGUACAUCACUCCAACGAAAUGCGAAACUCACCGAAGGAAAUUGGCGCAUUUAAUGAAAAUGGCAGGAACUUUGUUGCCACAAAGGAUACUUCAAGGGAUUUUAGCAAUUCCCAAGAUAAUACCGACCGUGGCAGUAUGAGCGAUCAGGCUUUUGCAUGCUCUGCAAGUUCAGUGGAAAGUUUACCCAGUGCUUCCGGUUCAAGAAAUAGGCGUGCAUCUUACAAGUAA